AUGUACGGAACAUUAAAACUUCAAAGAAAGGAAGUUCCUAAAGCACUGUUGACAAAAAAACUUCAAAAAGGGCAAAUGCUUGCUUACCAGAGGGGAAAAGUGUGCAUUACGAAAUGGAUGGACAAAAAAGCCGUGUCUCUCAUAUCUACAAUACAUAAUGCGGAAAUGGUUCAAGUAUCCACUUCGACGAAUGAAAUUAAACGAAAAGCUAAAGUAGUUAUGGAGUAUAAUAAGACAAUGGGUGGUGUAGAUCGAAUGGACCAGAACCUAAGUAAUUAUCCUGUAAUAAAGAAACGAGGAAAGAAAUACUACAAAAAAAAUAUUUUUCAUCUUCUAGACAUCUGUUUAUGGAACGCUUAUGUUUUGUAUAAAAAGCACGGCGGUAAAGAUACGAAUUUACAGUUUCGAUUGGAAAUUAUCGAUCGACUUAUUGAAAGGCAUGCAGCAGUAGAAGAAAGAAAAGGCCGUCCUGGAUAUUUACCAACUCCACUAAGACUAACAGAAAGACAUUUUUUAGAGGUUAUUCCACCUACAGAGAAAAAACUAAGACCCGCAAGACAGUGUUAUGUGUGUUCAUUGAAAAAAAAUGACAACGGCAAAAGAAUUAGAAAAGAGACAAGGUAUUUUUGCCCAGACUGUGAUGUUGGACUGUGCCUGUCGCCUUGCUUUAAGAUAUAUCACACUAAAUCAGAUCUUUAA